CACACACACAAUCACCGUUACAAAAAGAACUUAGGGUUUGUUUAUCACAUCAAAUUCCUCUCAAUGUUAUCUUCAUUUUUUUCUCGUGAAUUUGUACGAUUUUUCCGCAGGACCAUGAGCUGUUUCUCCUGCUGUUUUCGAGUGAAAGACGAUCGCAAACGCGCUCAAAUCAAUCGCGUACGGAAACCGAUCACCUCAAUUCAUAAGGAACCUGUUGAUCCUCUCGCUAAGAAUUGCUUGUGGUCCGUACUUGUUUCGGAAGAUGAAAGUAGUGACCUGGCAGGACGUGAGGAUGGGAGAUGUGGUGUUACAGGAUCUCCUCUCGUGGAUGAUGAGCUCAGGGCUGAGGCGAAGUUUCUUAAAGCAUGUGGUACUAUACCUCAGACUCCAACUGAAAUCCGGAACGCAGAGAUGUCAAAAGAUUCACAACCUCUAAAUGAAGUUCCUGAAUCAACAUUUCAUUCAUUGCUUCCACACACUGCUACUGAAGAGAUAUCAGAGAAGCAAGCUGAUCAGUUGCAGUCUCCCAUCAGAACUUUUUGGAAAUGGGAGAAUGGAUCAGAUUCUCCAUCACAUACAUCAAGCAGCUCUAAGACUGAGAAAGAUAUAAAUAGCUUCUUUACCAGCUCUUCUGAAGGCAAUGGGGUUGGACAUGCUGCAAAAGAUACCCAAUUACUGAACUUGUCAGACUCAAACACACCGAUUGUUCAAAGCAAGCAGUGCAAAAAUAGAUCUGUUCACUUCGAAAGCCAGAGUGAUAAAUGUUCAUUUACGUCAAGAAGCUCUUCUCCUAAAACUAGUAACAAACCCUUGAAGCCAUCUGAAUCACCGUAUAAUCACAGCCUUUUAAAGCCUUCGCCUUACCCAACCCCUCUGAAAUUAACCGAUGAUAUGCAAACACCUGGCACUGUUUUCCCUUCAUCUGUAAAUAGAAAGGAAAAUGGAAAGAAUCAAAAGAUCAGAGUUCAGUAUGUGUACUCGGGGAUAAGUGAAGAGAAGUCUCCUCUUUUUGAGGAACCAAUUAAAGAAGAGUUUAGCACUGAAGAAUAUCUCGAUCAGCCUGAAAAUGAAACCCCUCAAUCACAAGUAAAAUUGCAAGAAAGUCCAACUGAAAAUGAGUCAAAUGUGUGUCCUACUUUGUCAUCAUGGCUGCCUCAUAAGUCAAACGAUGAAAACUGCAUUGACCAAUCAUUGGUUCCGAUUUCCCAGGGCCUCCCUGACUUUGGUCAAACUCCUGGGGACAGGCCGAUACUGGGAAUAGUUACUGCUAACUGGAAUGCUGAAGAAACUUCUGUUACACCCAAAUGGUGGAAUGGUAAUGGUAUCCCUAACACAACUAAUAAAUACAAAGAGGAUCAGAAGGUUAGUUGGCAUGAGACCCCAUUUGAGCAACGACUAGUAAAGGCAUUAUCGGAGGAAAAGUUCGUCACCAAGAGGAAGCAACCUGAAGAGACGACAAUUAUUGAAUAUUGAUACGAGAAAGAGGAACAUUUUAUGCUGGAUUUGAGACCCAACCUUAGUGGUGGUAAUAGAACUCAGUUUCCUGCCCUCCUACUUCUAUUAUUUAAAAAAAAGUAUUAAAAUGCUGGAAAACUUAAGGAAGCUUGAACACCAUGAUGCAUAAAUGUUUACACAAAUCACGUACUUUCAAAUGGUGAAUAACCAUUUUUUACUCAUAAUCUUCUUGUGAUUA